AUGCGCGCCCACAUUGCCCUCGUGGCGGUCACGCUCUCCGUCCUGCUGGGCACGAGCGUGCUCUGGUGCUCGUACCAGAUGCUGUCGCCAGAAGAGUCGAGCGACUUUGGGUGGACGACGGCGUUCCGACACGAGAUGAGCGUCGCCAGCAACGACCGCCUCUUGCGCCAAGAGACAGCGCGUGCGCCGGCCAAUGCGACGAGCGAAUAA